AUGCCGCGCACAAGGAGAUUUACAGCAAGAAAAAGUUCAACAACAUCAUCUACUCCUCCAAUCCUAGAAACUCAAAAUGUGCAGUCCAAUGUUGCCAUACAAAAUGUAGGCCAAGAAGAUCAAGUUCAUUCUCCAUCCCAAGAACCAGCUGAUGUACCACUUGAAGUACAACGGGUUAAGAGAGCAUGCAACAAAUACUGGGUUGUUGAAGUUAUAGAUGAUAGAGGAAGGAAAUCCGAGGAAAGAUUGAGGAUCAAGGAUGUUUUGGUACUGCCGGAACACAAGAAGGUUUUGGUACAAUGGUCUGAAGAUGGUCAACCUGUUGGGGAUGGUUCUUCACUUUUGAAUGGCUUUUUGGGACAUCUUGCAUGUAACACUAAUCUAUUCCCCAUAAGUUAUGUGAGGUGGCCUGAUGUACUUCCCUGCUAUAAGACUGAUGUUUGGGAAAACACAAUUAAGAAAAAGUUUGACCUUUGCACUGAUGACGAGCACGACUAUUGUAUGGGAAAUAUAGGUAAAAAGUGGAAGGAUAAUAGGCACAGGUGUGUUGAUUUUAUUGACAAAAACAAAACUUUUGAGGAAAACCUAGAAAAUUAUCCAGACGGUACGACUAGAGAGCAGUGGGCUGGUUUUUUGACUUAUAAGACAAGUGAGAAAGCACAGAAAUAUAGUGAGAUUAAUACAAGAAAUCGAGCAAAACAGACUAUAAUGCAUACACUUGGUGCUAAAUCUAUUGCAAAGACAAAACACGAAUUGGUAUUUCCGUAA